AUGUAUCCUGCCUUCGUGAAGAUUGCAGCCGUCGGUAAAUACAUCCAACAUAUUUUAGACGAAUUUUCAAAAAAUCCAACUUCUGGCACAUUUGACAAUAUCAUUAAUCCGAAACUAUGUGGAAACGAGAAAGCAGAGUUCUUUUUGCCAAAAAUCUUUAUCUGGUGCCCUAUUACUCACUAUAGUCUGAAGCUACAUUGUCCAGAGCACAAUACUGUUCUUGAGCCGGCCUUGUGGACAAAUCUCGUGGAAACGAAGAGUCCACGCAACCCACGUUUAGUUUACGACCUGAACGGAAAUGUUCUGCUGGUGCAAAGAUUUUAUUUUUGCCGCUAUGGAAAACAUAGGUAUUUAUCAUCUUCUCCUGAAAUUUUAAGAAUUAUUCCAAAUCUUUACUCUGCAGAAUGUUUUCCAAUCAAAGUACUUUAUAGGUCUGCGUUUUCUAAACAGGCUGUUGAUUAUGUGACAUCUCAGGUUUCGCAAGGAGUCAACUUCCUUCAAAUAAGCGAGGCAAUUGCAACUCUACACUUUAAGGACUAUUGUCGUAGAGGUAAUAGAUAUAUCACGAGCCUUCUUCAUGAAAAUAGCCAUCCCUUACAACAUGACUUCAAAGCAGAGAAUUUUUUCAACGACGCGUUAUUUGCAUAUCCAAGCAAUGAUUUGCUGAUGCGAAUCUUUCUCGAAGAUUUUCAGGAUAAGAAAGUAUUUUACGAAAACGAGUUGAAAAAAACAACUGCCACAAUUCUCUCAUUUGAUCAUACUUUCAAGAUGAGCAAGCAUAUUGGAAUUGUCAGAGAUAACGAUGCAAAGUUUGUUGGACAAUUUUCAAACUUAUUUGUGGGGCUUAAUGAAAACAAAGAAAUAGUGACAUGGUGUCUAACACGUUCAACAAAAUUUGAGCAUAUAGAGAACAAUCUUAAGGAACUAAAGGGACGAUUAGACAAAGCCGGUGUUACAGCUCGAGCUAUCUUCGUAGAUGAUUGUUGCAAAGUGAGAGGCAAAUACCAAUCAGUUUUUGGUGCUGAACAAGUAGUAAAACUUGAUUUGUUUCAUGCCGUGCAGCGCAUUACCAGUACUGUGCGUAUAAAGGGACGGAAAUGUCUAAAAAGUUGCCAAUGA